CACUUUAAAAAGGAGUGAGUCAGUGCAGCUGCACAUGCCCCAACCUGUGGAUCCACGGCUCAGUUCAUGGCCCAUCACGGGGCUGAUAGAGAGACUCAACCAUUUUCUUGUGCCCAUUUUUUUUGAAAAUGAAACAACGACCUGUCACAUGCCGCUGUUUGAAGAUCUGAGACGUUGGCUCUUCAGUCGCGAUCAUCCUGACGUUGUCACUAAUGCAACAAGAUCAAAAUACUUUCUGGCAUGGGGAGCCCAGACAUUUACCUGUGGUCAGCAUUACUGGGAGGUGGAUGUGGGGAACUGUCGGAACUGGGCCCUUGGAUUUUGCGAUGAUUCUUGGACAAUGAGGAAUGACAUGGCGCUUGACUCAGAGGGGAUUUUUCUACUCUUUUGUAUCAAAGAGGACAACCAGUGUCGUCUCUUUAGCUCCUCCCCACUGUCGCCUCAAUAUGUAGAAAGGCCUCUGGGCCACGUGGGGGUGUUCCUGGAUUAUGAGUGUGGUGUGGUGAGCUUUGUGAACGUGGCCAGUUGCUCCCUCAUUUGCAGUUUCCUCUCACGUUCCUUCUGUCUUCCUCUCCGACCCUUUCUAUGCUCUGCACCCUCGUGAGGAGGGACAUGUCAGAAAGUGACCGCAAGUGUCAGCUCAGCGAAGUGCCUGCUUGAGGGUCUUCAACGUCUUCCUUUAUCCAACCCAUUGACUAUUUUUAAAGGUUGAUAAUUACAAGCGUAUACAUUUGUUUCCAUUGUAUUUAAAUAAAAACAAUCUCUCUUAGAGGUUGAUGCCAUCUU